CCCACGCGCGCGAGGUCCGGUUCACGCGAGCGUUCUCCUGCGCGUCCGCUCCCGCUGUAGCGACGGACAAGUAGGGAAGUCGACCCCCGUCGGUUUGCUCCUCUCGGUGGAGGAGAGAUGGCGAGGCGUUGCGCUGGGGCUGAGGUAGGAAGGAGCCCGCCCCUCGACGCCUAACCCUCCCGCGACGCUAGCCCCUGAGCCGUGAUGCGAGCGUGGGUCCUACUCUCCGCGGUGCUCUGGUACUUCACAGGAGGUGGGGAUCCUCCCGCCUGGUCCCCUGGCCUCUCCCAUCUUCUCCGUCCUGCCUCCUCCGCCCCGCCCCACUCUGAGCCCUGGCUUCUCGUCUACGUAAAAAGUCAGUGGUAUCUUUCCUCCGCAGUUGGAUGGCAGCGUAAUUCCGAGCGCACUGAGAAAGGCUUCAUUUAUGGCAAGCCGGGAGACUCAGUGAAAGUAUAUGUAAAAUUACAUCACAAUAGCCCAGUCUUUGUCUGUAUGGAUUUGAAACGUGCUGAAAAAGAAACAGUGGACCCCACCUACUUAUGGGUUGGGCCUAAUGAAAAGCCAUUAACAAGAAAUAAUAGAACAAAUAUAACUAAAACAGGAAAGCUGAUGGUGAAAGACUUUCUGGAGACUUUGUCUGGACUUUACACAUGCACUCUUUCUUAUAAGACUAUCAAAGCAGAAAGCCAAGAAGAAAAGGUAGUAAAGCAGAGAUAUGACUUUAUGAUCUUUGCCUACCAGGAACCUGACUAUUCAUAUCAGAUGGCUGUACGUUUUACCACAAAAUCUUGUGUGGGAAGGUAUAAUGAUAUGCUUUUUAGAGUGCUGAAGAAAAUCUUGGAUAAUUUAAUCUCUGAUUUGUCAUGCCAUAUCAUAGAACCAUCAUAUAAAUGCCAUUUUGUUAAAGUCCCAAAACAUGGCCUCAUUCCUGAGCUAUUUAUAACCUUUGAAGUUAAUCCUUUUGCACCAGGGUGGAAAGGUAAAUGCAAUGAGUCUGUUGACUGUGAAGAUACCACUAACCAUAAUAUCCUUCAGGCAAGAAAUCGAAUAGAAGAAUUUUUCCGGAGUCAAGCAUAUAUUUUCAGCCAUGACUUUAAUAAAACUCUACCAGCUAUGCAUUUUGUGGACCACAGUUUUCAGAUAGUACGAAUAGAUAGCUGUCGUCCAGGCUUUGGGAAAAAUGAAGGUCUCCACAGCAAUUGCGCUACCUGUUGUGUGGUUUGUGGUCCUGGGACUUUUAGUCCUGAUGUUAAUGUUACAUGUCAGACCUGCGUUUCUAUCCAAAUCUACGGAGCUAACUCUUGUCCAUAAAACUUCAAACAGAAACUGCAACGUGAAGACUAGAGAUGAAAGCAUUGUUACUUGCUUGUGGAGGUGGCAAACAUCAGAUGAUUUGUUCACAUCCCAGAGUGUCAUAGAUAGUUCCAGUAAGUAAGAUCAGUAAGACCAAAACAUUGGAAAACAUACCUUUUAGAAACCCUAAAAAGAUAGUUGACAUGGCAUUUCUAAGAAGGCAUUUAAUAUCUCCAGUGUGCAAAGGAAAGUGUAAGUAUCAGUGGAUGAGUUUUAUUGAAAUGUUUUGUUGUUUACAAACAAUCUGUUUCUGUGUACCUAAGACUAUAUUAAGGUCAAGAAGAGUAGCAAAGUAUAAUAUAAUAAAAACGUUGUACUUUCCACGUA